UUGUGCGUAGGGCCGUUCUACGUUGCCAUGGUAACAGCAUAAAAACAGCUCGGCUAAACCUGUGUAGCUUCUGGGGGAAGGAUGAACUGCGCCUAAAGUAUCCGGCUGGAGGUUUGUUGUCGAGGAUAUUUCACCACCGCUGAGGUUCGGAGCCAGUCAGAAUGUCCAGUGACCUCGCUGGUGUGUGGGAGGUGGCGCUGAGCGACGGAGUCCACAGGAUCGAGUUUGAACAUGGGACAACCACCGGGAAAAGAGUCAUCUAUGUGGACGGAAAGGAGGUUCUGAGGCGGGACUGGAUGUUCAAACUGGUCGGGAAGGAGACGUUCAGCGUGGGCCAAGCGGACACCAAAGCCACCAUCAACAUCGACGCGGUCAGCGGCUUCGCCUACGAAUACACGCUGGAGAUCAACGGGAAGAGCUUGAAGCAGUACAUGGAGAACAGGUCAAAGGUCACCAGCACCUGGCUGCUCAACCUGGACGGCAUCGACUGCAGGGUGGUUCUGGAGAAAGACACCAUGGAUGUUUGGUGCAAUGGAGAGAAGAUUGAGACUGCUGGCGAGUUCGUGGACGACGGCACGGAGACGCAUUUCUCCCUGGGAGGCCACAGCUGCUGCGUGAAAGCCGUGAGCAGCGGGAAGCGGCGAGACGGCAUCAUUCACACGCUGCUGGUGGACGGCACCGAGGUCGCCGAGUGCACCGAGUGACCGGGUUCGGCCCGGAGUCGGUCUGUCGGACUGGAAAAUGGCUGCCGCGGCGCGGCCGGUCCACACUGGACAGAUAUAAGCGCCAUAGAGUCUGUUUAGUGGCAGACGGAGCUGCUAGAAACGUCAGUCAGAAGAUUCAGCGUCUCUAAAGGUUUACAUUCAUAUUAAUGAGGUUUUUUAGUCUUAAAAUGUAAUUUAUAAGUUAGAAACGGUUCUGCUUCAGCUUUCCUGGUGGAAACCAGGAACCUUCUCUGUGGUUUCAUGUUGUGAGUUAUUAUGUGCUUUAUUUAUCGGACCAAUCAGCUGCUGUAGAAGAAGGACUCAAGGCUCCAUUUCCUGCUGAUCGUUUCAGACAAUCAUACUGACUAGUUACACUGCAAAAACAGAAAAUGAUACCAGCUAGUUUACUGAGCUAGUUUCUAGUGCCAGUAUCCAAGAUAUCGUUUUAGGGCCUUUGUCAAAAUAAAAAAAAUAAGUAAAUGGUAAAUUUGUGAGGAAAAGCAUUUUUCCCAUCCUGUAAGUUAUAAUAAUAUCAUGCCGUAAUACGUUAUGCCAUCGUACCCUUGAAGUUGGGAGAAUUAUUAUAGUAAUAUAUUUAUAGCUUAUGUCUAUAAAUUAUAAAAAUUAUAAUCUGGGAAAAACAUCUUGUUCCACUUAUAACUUGUACUUUUAAGAAUGAUUGACUUGAAACAAGCUCCUAUUUCUUUCCAAACAGUUAUUUGUAAGUUAGUUUUCUUAUUUUAAAUUAUUUGUAGUAGAAACGAAUCAGAAAUCCUUGGCAGGAUUUUGUGUUUUUGCAGUGCAGGCUGUAGAAACCUUCAUGUAGAGCUGCUGUAAUCUCUCCUGUUACUCUGUGUAGACUUCCUGUUUGUCCUUAGAGAACUGUGAAACUUUUGUUGUGGCUGUACAAACUUUUAGUUUAAAUUUCUCUUUGUAUUUGUAGAGACACUCAGUCAGAGCUCUUUCUUUUUAGUCAGUACUGUCUGGAUGUUAGUCGUGGUUCUUGGAGGAAAGACGCCAGUAAAAGCCUUCGCUGAUGGAAGCGGUCUAGUUAAAGGCCACAUCCUGUGUUUUCUGAUGUUACAAACUGUAUUUAUAAAGCAGAUUUCAUGCACAAAAACCUCAAAGCGUUAAUAAAAGUACAAAUUCAGACAAAAAAAAAA